ACUAACAAAAUGGCAACAUAUGGUGACGACCCAGUCGAAGGCUAUUUCUAUCCAUCUUACAAUCCUUACGUGGGCCGGUACCGGCACAAAGAGGUUCCGUGGAAGUACAAAAGUAGUUACCUGUCCCACUAUGGCGAGGCUUCGGAGGCGUUCAACAACCAGCAGCGGGCCCAGCUCAAGUCCAUCUUGUCUCAAAUCAACCCCAAACUCACGCCGAGGCUCCGAAAGGCAAACACCAAGGACGUGGCCGUCCAGGUCAACCCCAAGCAGGAUGCCUCGGUUCAGUGCUCCCUGGGGCCGAGAACCCUCGUGUCCAUGAAGCGAGAGUUCCGGCGCAAGAAGGCCUCCGAGAGUUCCGUGACGUCCGGCGAAAGCGGAAGCCCCAAGACGGUUGUUCGGUACCCGCGUUCGCUGGCGCUCUACUCCCCCGUCGCCUACCGGAACAUCACCUGCUUUGUAGCCGAGGACAACGAGGAGGCUGCUGCGACGAAAGUGGAUAAGGAGGUCGAAGCUGCUGCGAUCGAGGCCGCCGACGUUGAGGAGAAACAGGAGGAGGAGGGGGAGGAGGAAGGAGAAGGCGGGAAGGAGAAGCCGCUCAAGUCAGAAGAGCAGCCGACGAGCGACGAGGUUUCAAAGGGGAAAACUCGAAUUCGCUUCCAGUUCCUGGAGCAGAAGUACGGCUAUUAUCAUUGCAAGGAUUGCAAUUUGAGAUGGGAAAGCGCUUACGUGUGGUGCGUUCAAGGCACCAAUAAGGUUUAUUUCAAACAAUACUGCAGGAAAUGCCAAAAGGAGUUCAACCCAUACCGUGUGGAGGACAUCACAUGUCACACUUGCAACAAAGCCCGCUGCUGCUGUGCCUUAACCCAACGCCAUGUGGACCCCAAGCGUCCGCACAGGCAGGACUUGUGCGGCCGCUGCAAAGGCAAGCGACUCUCGUGCGACAGCACCUUCAGCUUCAAAUACAUCAUCUGACUGCAGCGGCAAGCGGAUGCCGGAUUGUUUCACUACUUUGGUUCAUGUUUUGUUGCAGCGAUGGCGUCGCCACGCACAUUCACUAUUAAAACGUCUACCUUGCA